AUGCGGACCAAAUCUACUCGCGAGAGACAAGAAUCCCCUGACAGAAAGCAGGACCCAAUAGAGAGACGACGCCUGCAGAACCGACUUUCUCAGAGAAACCACCAUUCUCACCGAGUACCAGGCCGCAAGAUCCGAGAGAGAAUGGCAAGACUACAGGAGCUUGUUGUCGCCAGCGAACUGAGAGCCGUGGCAAACAUGAAUGGAUGGGACCAACCAGGUCCAUUGUCGAAUGGUUAUACAACCACAUUCGAUCUCGAAAGAGGCUCCCCACCGUUCUUCGACAGUCACAUUCCCAUUCAUUCAUCUCAUCUAUCUCACCCAUCUCACUCCCACUCCCAUUCGCAUUCACAUUCCUCGUCACCAUCCUCAUCAAAUAUUUGCUCUUCGUGCAACAACCCCAUGGGACAUGCCCCUGCCAUAACGUCGACUCCAUCAUCCUCCCUUGGCUCAUUCAACACUAGUUGUGCAAGCGAGUAUGAUACCAACUCGCAACUAUCUUCUACCCUGUUCAACUCUUUCAAUACCUCUAUGACUCCACCAAAUACCCUGAGUCCCGAUCCAUCACUUGCGACGCCGAGAACAUUUAAUUCGACAUGCUUAGACCCAUUACUGUUCUCGGACUCUUUCAAUAUUCAGUCCCAGUGCCCUCCAACCAACCUUGAUGGCUUAGGCCCUGAUAUGCCACUUCCCCAAACCAUGCCUGGCAUGGGUGCUUCGAGCCCACAGCCACCAGGGAUGAGUAGUCCCGAUUUCCUGGAAAUAUUGGACACCUCGAACGUGCAGAGCAUGCAGUGUCUCUGCCACAUACAAGGUUCUGUUGGAGGGUCUCCAAACUCCAUGAUAUCAGGGACUUGGACUGGCGCAGGCUCCUAUAUACCUAGCUGUCCAUUGCAUAAGUCACAGUCAUCGAGCAACUAUCAAGCCAUGAUAUAG